UCUCAGAAAGAAAAAGAUGAGAUCAUAGCUCAGAUUACUAACCUAGACCAGGAGAUUCAUCAAGUUGAAUCUAAGAUUAAAAACCUGCAGAAGAAACAGGAUCAACUAGAAAAAGAAACAGCUAAACCACAAGAAGAGAAACGUGAAUCACCAGAGUUAAACCAAUCAGAACCUAAACAUCAGAGUAUAGCUCAAAUUAUAUAUGCUGAAAAUAGGAGAAAGGCAGAAGAAGCCCAUAAAAUGCUGAGUAAAAUGGGCCCAAAGAUUGACUUGCCUCUGUAUCAUCAACCAUCAGAUACAGCCAUAUAUCAAGAAAAUAAACAAAAGUUCGCUGUGUUUAAAAACAGGUUAAUAUUACAUUUAAAGAAGAGACAUCAAGCCAGAAGAAUAAGGGAGAAAUAUUUAACAGAAAGAUAUGAUCAGUUGAUGCAGGCCUGGUUGAAGAAAAUAGAGAGAAUUGAAAACAAUGCAAAACGAAAAGCGAAAGAAGCCAAAUCUCGUGAAUUCUAUGAGAAAUUGUUUCCCGAGAUUAAGAAGGCUAGAGAAGACAGAGAAAGAUUUCAGAGUCGAGUUGGAACACGAGGUAGUAUAGCAGGCUAUGCUAGAACUGAUGCUGAAUUAGAACAGAUAGUAGAUGGUCUCAAUGAACAAGAGGAAGAGGAGAAGAAGAUGAGAAGUUUUUCUGUUAUUCCACCAAUGAUGUUAGAUUCUCAUCAACGUAAAAUGAAGUUUAUCAAUAACAAUGGUCUACUAGAGGAUCCUAUGUUUGAGUAUAAAGAAAGCCAGGCUUUGAUUAAAUGGACUGAAACUGAGAAACAGAUCUUUAAAGAAAAAUAUCUUCAACAUCCUAAAAACUUUGUGCUGAUUGCAUCAUGUUUGCAGAAAAAGAGUGUACCAGAGGUCAUACAGUUCUAUUAUCAAAGUAAAAAGAAAGAAAAUUAUAAACAAUUAUUACGUAAACAAAAUAUGAAGAAAAGGCGUCCCUUUAAGGUAAGUUACACAUGA